AUGCUUUUUAUAUCUUUUUUCGCAACUACUUUUUUUGUUAUUGGUUCUUUGGGUAUAAGUGAUCUUUCUGAUCCAUCAAAAUGUAGUACAUCUACUUUAUCAAAAUGUCUAACAACUUUUGAUAGGUCUCUUAAUAUUACAAUUCUUUAUCCAUGGAAUGAUGCAUCAAGAUUUAGAGAUUUAGUUGAAAGUUAUUAUGAAGUUCAGGCAGUUAAUGGACUUCGUAAAGUUUGUAAAGCAUUUAGAGAAUUAAGAGGUUGUAUGGGAUUAUAUUACACUUCAUGUAUAAAUCCUGCAUACUUUGCUGCAUUUGCUGAUGUUGAUUUGUCUAAUUCUUACCAUUUUGUUAAAGUUUUUAAUCAACUUCAUUUUGUUUGUGGUGGUGGUUUUCCUUCUUAUAUCAAUAAUGAUGAUUGUAUGACACAAACAUGGAAAAACAAUCGUAAAAAUCUUAGAGAUUGUAGACUUAAGUUUGAAAUUCAAUCACUUAAUAAUCCAGAUGAUGCAUGUUAUUAUGGAGGACAAAUGAUACAAUGUUUUGAAGCAUUUUUUGAUUCAGGUUGCAACUAUCAAAGACCAGAUGCUGCUUGGUGGGCAUGCGAAUAUGCACGUGGAGAUAUUUUUACAAGAUUCCCACAAUGUUCUAUUUCAUGUAGUUAUGCCAAUUAUGGUAUAAGUACUUAA